AUGGUCGCACUGCCUGCAGGUGCCAAGAUCCCUUGGAUCAAGUCGCCAUGCGUUCUCAGCCCCGAGCUCUCCCGCAUUGCUGGUUGCAACAUCUACCUCAAGCUUGACAACCUCCAGCCCAGCGGGUCCUUCAAGUCCCGCGGCGUGGGAAACCUCAUGGUCCGGGCAGCAGCCUCUGGCCCUCCCGGCAUCCGCUUCUACUGCUCGUCCGGGGGCAACGCCGGGCUCGCCUGUGCCACCUCGGCCAUCUCGCUCGGCUGCACGGCCACCAUCGUCAUCCCCACCUCGGCGCCGGCCAUCAUGAUAUCCAAGCUGCUCGCCCUCGGCGUCGAGGUCGUCCAGGUCGGCUCCAACUGGGCCGAGUCGGACGCCCACCUCCGCGGCGAGCUCCUCGCACGCGACCCGACUGGCGUCUACGUCCCGCCCUUUGACCACCCGCAGAUCUGGGACGGCGCGGCGACCAUCGUCACGGAGCUGAGGGAGCAGCUGGGCGACACGCCGCUCCACGGCAUCAUCUGCUCCGUGGGCGGCGGCGGCCUCCUCAACGGCAUCAUGCAGGGCGUCGAGUCGGCUUCUUCCUGGCCCGAGGGCGCCAAGCCCAAGGUCAUCGCCGUGGAGACGACGGGGGCGGACAGCCUCAACGCCAGCGUCCGCACCGGGGAGCAUGUGACGCUGCCGGGCAUCACGUCCAUUGCCAAGUCGCUCGGCGCCACCCGCGUGUCCGACCGGACGUGGCGAUGGAGCCAGGAGAGCAGCAACCUGGAGAGCAUGGCCGUCUCGGAUGCAGAUGCAGCCAUCAGCUGUGUUCGCUUUGCGGAUGAUGCUCGCACGCUGGUUGAGGUAGCAUGCGGAGCGACGCUGGUCCCUGUCUAUCGUGGGGACCUGCGGGAGAUGCUUGGAAAGGGGUUGUCAGAUGAGGAGUGGGCCAAGAAGAACGUCGUCGUCGAGGUAUGCGGAGGAGCAAAUGUGACGUUGGCCCUGCUGGCUGAGUACCGAGAAACGUACGCGAGCGAGACGACUAUCAAGUGCUGA